AUGGAUCAGGUCCUCCGUGGCCUUGAUUUCGUCUACGUUUACAUUGACGAUGUUUUGAUCGCAAGCGCCACAUCUGACGAGCAUUUAUCACCACUCCGAAUGGUUUUCGAACGCUUUGAAAACCACGGUAUAACCAUCAACCCGGAAAAUGCAAAGCUGGUCAGCUCACCGUCGAAUUUCUCGGUCACAAGAUCGAGGGUGAAGGCAUUAAACCUCUCCCGGAUAAAUCUCAAGCGAUCCCCGACUAUCCGAUGCCCCAAUCUGUCCGAAGCCUAUGCCGAUUUCUCGUUUUGCGUUGAUGUUCGGUAUAUCGACGGUUCUAACAACGCUGUUGCCGAUGCAUUAUCCUGCGCUCAUAUGAAUCAAUUGUCAUCAACACCCAUCGACCUGGAGAGAACAGCGGCCGCUCAAAACGAUGAUCCUGAGCUUGUGCAACUUCGAUCAAACCCCUCAUUGAAAGUCACACAAUUGCCCGUACUUAACUCUGACAUAAGAGUUUACUGUGACCUUUCAACCGAGCGCUUUCAUCGACAAUUAAAAGCUGUCAUCAUGGCUAGUUCAUCCGACUCACGCUGGUCUGAGCGCCUACCUGCGAUCCUCCUUGGCAUACGCAAUACAAUCAAAGAGGACAUUGGGUGCUGCCCUGCAGAACUCGUGUUCGGGACGACCCUCAGACUACCUGGUGAGAUGGUACUGGACUCUCGCACCACCGGCGAACUAGACCUGGUACGCUGA